UAGAAUAGUUAGCUUGAAUUCGAGAAAUAAGAAAACACAAAAAGUUCACCUGCUGCUGCAACUUGAAGAACACAAAGAACAUAGCCUGUCAGAAACAGUCGCCGAAAAAUAUCGUUAUUCAACAACAGAAAUCAUAUAUCGUACUUCCUUUGGUAGCAAAAGACCUUUAGCAACAGCAGUGGCUGAACAGUUUCGAUCGCUGAUUACCUUUAGCGACUAAAAAUCGUUAUUUUUCUUGAAACUAAAAGUGGAAAGUGGAAUAAGCAGCCAAACAUGAAUCACUGAAGAAGUUCGAUAAAACUAUUUGUGAAUCUGAAAUAAAAAGGGAUAAACUGUGUGGGACUCUUAAUAAGUAUGAGGACCAAAAUGCACCUAAGGCUAUUGCUCAUAAUGAACUUGAAUUCCAAAAUAGCGUUUCCAAUCUUACCCUUGAUAAUACAUAUAAUUAUUCACCUAAUUUAGAGGAUGAGGUUAGAUCUGAAAGCGCUGCAUGUUUAGAUAAGGUUUAACCAUCCUCGUAUUGUUAUGAUGAUGAGGAUAGUAUUGAUGAAGAAUUUUAAAUGUGUAGUCAUAAUGAUGAGGAAAUUGCUACCCUAACUGAGCUACUUGAGGAAAAUGUUGUUUCCAGUUCAAAUCCAAAUAAUAUUGAUAAUUAUUCACUUAUUCAAAAGGAUGAGGAUUUGACUAGGGAUACCAUUGUUUUAGACGGUGUAGUAUAUUAUUGUGAUUAUGAAGCUGAUGAUGGUUUAGAGGAAAGAUUUUAUUCUGAGACUAAUGUUUUAGAGUCUAGAGAUUCAGAAACAAUAGCUAUUGCUGAGGAUUAUAGAAAUGUACAACCUCAUGAUUACAACCUAGAAGAAAUAAAAGGCCAUUUUCCUAAAUCUAAAAAUUUAGAAAUUAAGGAAAUUGUGACUAGUUUAUCCAAGGAUAUGGACAAUUCUAAGUUUGGGGGUGAAUAUCAUUUUCCCCGUCGUUUACCUUUGACUCUUACAAAGGUCCCUAAUUUGGGACUUAACGUUUGUGCCUCUACCAUCUUAAGAGACUAUCUUCAUGCACGUUUUUCUGAACCUAAAUUUGUCCAAAAAGAAACUCAGUUGAUAGAAACCCAUCCUCUGGUUGAUGUGGUUAAGCCGGGCCAUGAUACCAUAAUUGACUUUGUUGUCCCACCAAAAUUUUAUUUUCCAAAUGUGGGAGUAUCUCAAUUUGAAAUGUGUCAUUAUAAAGUUUUUAGAACUAAAUCUAAUUAUUUUGGGAAAUUAAAAUUGUCGACACAUUUUCUUAAGAAUGACCACUACCAUUAUGGUCAAGGUCAACUGUGUAAGUCAAAUCCAAUUGACUUAGAGGAUCCCCUAUUAUUCAGGUUAUUGUUAUGUGCUUCUAAGUUCUUAUUUGAGUUUGUCCAGACUCUGCAACCUGAUCCUCCGGAUCCUAUCAAUGAGGAAACCUGACCCAUGAAAAUAUUUUAUCCAGACCCUUUCACUGAACCUGAACCCGAACCACAGCUAGAUGUAGUUGUCUUAAAAAGGAAACUAGAUAAGGGUGUGCUUUAUUUGUUCAUUUUAUUGGCAUUCCUUUUAUGUGUGGUAGCUUUAUUCGAUUUUGAUGACCCACAUAGGUUCCGACUAUUGCUAUAUGAUUUUAUGUGGUGACUAAUUCUAUCGAUGUCUGGCCGUAGUUACUAAAUUAGCGCUUUAUGGGAGUCAACCCAUACUUGGUGAUUUUAAGGUCCCUUUGGAGGACCCUGUAGUACAUUAGUUGUUUUUUUAUUUUUAUUUUUCUUUCUUUCUCCCCAUUGAAGGAUUGCUACGCUUCAUCCA